ACAGGGGCCCCCCAUCCCCAUUAUUAUGCACUGUGUUUGCGUGCCAGUAUGUACAUGUACAUGUACUGUACUGUGCACGUAUGGCCAGCAGUGCUGCAGUCUGGCACCAUGUUGAGUUAGUGGCUCCUCAUACCUUAGCACUGUACUUGUAUGUACAUUGUAUUUUGAAUAAGCACUAUGUAUAUGCAGAUAUGGCCCAAAUACAUUGUGUGGUGACCUCCAGUGCUUUCGUAGUGUUGUGAGCUGGCUACAGCGAAAUGGUAGGGUCUGCCACAAGUUGUUCAGCCCUUCGUGGCCUCUUUGGUAAAGCUCUCAUUCUGUUUCACCACGGAGCCAAUCCACCCAGGUCAGCCAGUCACCGUUUACUACUCAACUGAGCAGUGCAUGAUCUCUGCUUUGUUGCUGCCUACACUGGGGGAGAUGAAUAACAAACUGUACAGUCAGCUCUGAGGAAUCUCAGUUUCUAGUGGAGAGAGACAGUGAGUCGCCUAUGCAUGUGGCAAACAGGACUCUGGGUGUUGUGUUUAAGCAUUUGCCAUGUAGUACACUUUGGACCACUAUCUGGAUGUGGUGUGGAUUCAGUAUAUGCAUACCCUGUGAAUGUGAUGCCUCCGCAUGUAUACCGACAUCCAAGUUGUCCAUGUUGGACCCUCCAGCAGAUUUGGAAACUCCCUUCUCUGGUGAACAACUUAGUUUGAUUUGGUGGAACAUGUGGGAUGUUUCAUGCUAGACCCCUAUGUGUUUUUGUGCACAUGAUAUGGGAACCUACCGGUAAAUUUGCGUGGCUUGUGAAAAUUUGGACGUUGAGAAACCUCCCUGGGAGUUGGCUCUGAACACAGUCGCGAGGUACAGUACGUCUCUGUACCCUAUGAGACAGCGGCAGCGAUUGAGCGCAUCAAGAGGGCCCACGCCACGCACGCAGAGUGAGAGCCCGAAUCGCAAGCGUAGAAGAAUGUCGCAAGGCGCCGUCGACCUGUCCGCGUCCCCCAGCCCGCCCAGCCUAGUCCGGCCAUGGCAGACGUCCACCAGCCUCGGCGGGGCCGGUCAGUGGCCCGGCCUGAGCCCACAGCAGACGGCCUUCCCGGGGAGUGCCCGGUACAGUCCUGGUGACUGGUGCAAUAGCUCCGGCUGGAGAACGGCCGGCAGACGAAGCCCGCCAUCUAUGAGGAGACAGAGCCAACGGCAGCGAGAGCGACAGCUCCGCAGCCAAGGCAAUCAACAGCAGCAGCAGCAGCAACAACAGCAACAGCCGGCGGCGAGCGGUGGGGAGAGGAGGGCGUUCCACCCACCUGGCUUGCAGACGCACCACGCCACUGUGCUUCCCCCACCGCCCUCUCACCACCUGCCCUUCCAGCCCCGCAUCAUCAUUGAUCUCAGCAGUGAUGCCAUGGUGCCAACCACAGCACCCAUCUCCAUCCCUGUCUCUGUUCCGUCCUAUGCCGUGCCCAUGUGCACCGCCCACACCCUACCGGCAACCUGCAGUCUGCACCGCGGCCCCUACGCGCCCAUCCCCGUGACGGCUGGUGGCGGGGGCGGAGCUGGUGCCGGGGGUGGUGGGGGCGGCCGUCCAACCCAUGCACCGCCCCCUCCCCCACCCCCAGCCAUCCCCAUCUGUAGCAUGGGCCACAUCCCCAUGUGUGGCGUGCACCUCCCGGCCUGCGGCGGGCACCACCACCACCACCAUCACCACCUGCCCGUCUCGCAGGCUUCCUUGCCUCAUGCCGUCUUACCUCAGGAGUCGUUGAUGACGCAUGUACACACGCACCACCACGUGCCUCCACAAGUGCAGUAUUUUGCUGCCCCUCCGCCCACGCAGACGAGAUCUUCGGAGGUGGAGAUCAUCGGAGAGAGGCCCGCUGCAUUCCACGUGCCUUCCUCAACUCAGCACAACCCUUCCCUCACCCCCUCCCCACCGCUUCACCUUCUGCAGGAGUCAAUCCUGCGAAAUCCUCCAGAGGUGCAUCACAUGCACGCGUACCCCCGUCUGAACAGUAUCAGUCGGCAGCAGCAGCGUAGAGCCACCGUGGCACGCCCCUGGAGGAACCAGGUGUCACCCUCUGUGCCCGUCCAGCCCUCCUACCCUGGAUGGUUCCUGCGCUACCUGUUUCCAAAUCCCCCAGUCAACCAGAUGGAGCUGGAAAAUGAAGAUGCAGAGGUCGAAAACUACGAGGCUCUACUGAAUCUUGCCGAGCGUCUUGGUGAGGCCAAGCCGCGAGGCCUGACGAAGGCCUACAUCGACCAGCUGCCUUCCUACCUGUACAAGCCGGACACCCACCGGUCGAUCAACGACCAGACCUGCUGUGUGGUGUGCAUGUGCGACUUCGAGGCCCGGCAGCUCUUGCGUGUCUUACCCUGCAGCCACGAGUUCCACGCCCGCUGUGUGGACAAGUGGCUCAAGACCAACCGUACUUGUCCCAUCUGCCGCGCCGACGCCUCGGAGAUGAACAACCAAUCGGAGUAGCGAGAGAUGCCGGUCAGAGAAAGGGGGGAGGGGCAAGGCGAGUAGGAGCCAAGAAUGGGAGCACUCCGGAAGAGACACUCUUCAACGCUCAUCUGGAGACUUUUUUUUUUUUUCUCUCCAUUCAGUGUUUGAUUUUCUUGAAAUAGCGGGUAUUGCAUUCACACUGGGUUUCUGUUUUGCCUUUGUCUGGGAUGUGCGGUAUCAGAAAUUAUUCAGAUUCUGCGUCGUAUGUUUUGUGCACUUUCAGGUGUUUUUCCUUUGAUUUGUAUCACAUUUGAUUUUUUUGUUGUGCCUUAAUACACUCUGUAUGAGUUAACUCUUGUCAGGUAUUGAUAAUUGUUUAUAAUGGCUUUUUUUCUCGUUGCUGUCACAAUGCUAGAUUUGUCAUUCUCUCUUUGAAAAAAAAAACCCGAAUGGUUUCCACACUUUUGUUGAGACAGGUGUUCUGUUUUUUUGCGUUUUUACAUGUUCCACGUUCACUGAGAUUUACAUUGUCAAGUCUUGGAUCUUUCACAGUUACAUUUUUAAAGGCCUUAAGGAUAACGAGAGUGCUUACAGUAGCCGAGGUAACUAGUGGUAGAAGCAUGACACUUAGAGCUCUCGUAUGCUGUGAAAUCUACCACGGAAAAAACGAAACAAAAACUGUUCAUGCAUGUGCUGUGUUACAUAUCCCUUCGGCCGUUUAAGCUUAAGCCAGUAUUGAUGCCUAGCACAGACUCCUCAGCAAGUGUCCUCACGCGUACGUUAUUUGGACUUUCUGCUCUUUGAACAUUUGUAGUGAAGUUUUAAAAAAGUCCUUUCAAUAUAACCCGAUGUGCCUGGCUGUAGCAUAGGGAAAGUGUUGUAUCGGUGAACAUGCAUAAGUCGGGUUGUUACGUGGUUUGAUAUCAUACCCGGCUCUUUGAUCACUGAUGGGUCUCAUCUUACUGUGUUGUCAGUGGUCUUUUUGAAACAGUGUUAAUAGACAACCAGCAUUUUCCACAGCAUGUCCAUAACAAUUACAUAGUCCUUAGAAUAGCCUAUCAGAAUUGAUCUGAUGUAAUUCCGUCAGACCAGUGGGUUGUUGUGGGACUUGAGGCUAGCAGGAAUGUGUUGUUCCAUUCUCCACAUUGAAAUAAAUGGCAUUGCUGUUAUAAUAGUGACUAAGAGGUGGUAGAUCACAGAAUUUCACGUGAAAUUUGGUCCUUUUUUGUGAUUACAAUUAACUUUUGGAUGUGUAUUAUGCGAUGUUUUUUGAAAAAGUAAAAAAAAAAAAAAAUAAUGAACUUCUAUUUGCGAUUAACCAAACCAUAGUAUUCUUUAAAAUAUUUCCAUUUAAUACUGCAUUUAUAUUAUCGUUGUCAUUUUUGUUGCCUUUUUGCGGGAAUAUAUCAUUUUUUAUUUUAAUUUGUACUCAUUUUUGGGGGAAACAAAAUGUCUAGAGAGAAAUGCUUUGAAUUAACAACUUAUAUAGAUUGUAUUUAUGCAAUAGUUACACUUGUGAGGUGCUUUUUUUAUAGGAGUCUUUACGGUGAAAUCUGAAGGGAAUGUGUGUGUGUGUGGGAGAGAAUGGUGUGUGCAGGAGAGAGUGGGCGGAGUGCUCUGUACAUGCAACCCGUGUUUGCUGAAGUUUUACCUUCAAAAUUUAUAACAGUAGUGGAUGCUAAUUAGAAUUGAAAAAAAGUUCAAAGUUCAAAUGUCUCAGGGUCGUAUGCGUACUUUAAUACCUUAGAAGCUUUGUGGCAGCAUUUACAUCUGCAGGUUUCUUUUUUCAUUUUGUUGUUUUUUGGUUACGUCAUUUUUCUUUUUGUAUUCUACCUUGUUAUACCUUGAUUUUGUUUCAAUUUUAAUUUUUCGAAGAGUUUGAUAAUUGAAGGCAUGCAUUAUUGCAUAGGAUGCAACUACACGUUACUCAAUAGCACGCUUUUGCUUUGUUAAUCAUGUGUUUUAACAUACCAUUCCAACCUUUACAGUAGCAUGUGACAUAGUCUUGCUCCGUUCACUUUAGUGCUGAAAGUCAUGUUAAAUCGGUAUUUUAACUGGUUACCCAGUCGUCAAAUGUUCAUGCAUGCUAGUUUCAUUUACAUGUAUACGGUGGUCUGAUAUCUAAGAGUAGACAGUUGGUUCCGCUUGGCAGUAGUGGUCGUGUUGAAAAUUUGUCAAAUUCUCCGUGUCAGUAUCCAUUUGGACAAAGUUUUGAAGCAUUCCCUUUUGGUUAAUAAUUUAAUUUUUGGCUCUUUCAUAGCUCUGCUGACUGCCAGGAGUCGUCGUUAUGAUGAAUUUGUGGGGUUGUUUUUAUGCAGCUUGUUUUUCAAACAAAAGCCCCCCCCUCCCUCCAAAAAGGAAGGGGGGUGAAAUUUCAUUCUCGGAGUGCCUCCUGGUCGCUGUGAUAUAUCCGUCGUCUUGACACUCUGAGAAGGAAGACAUGAAAGCUUUUAAAAAGAAAUAAAUUUAAAAAAAAAAGCAAAAACAAAUUCAAAAGGUUAUGACUACAUGUAUGCCUUCGUAUGAACUUUGGGUGUUUUUAAACACUGCAAAAAAAAACCAAAUUGCUAUUUUGUAGGAAUGAACAUAGUGAGUGACUCCCAUAGUUUUCGGGAAAUUACGCUGUAAAAAAAGACAAUAGUUCUUACUGUACAUUUAAGGUGUCUUCAGGGACCAAUUGCGAGGAGGGUUUGUUUUUUGGGAAAUUUUUGUUCCAUUGUAACUGAUAAAGAUAUAGUAUACCAGUGUGCCUACUAGAAAUGUCGUUAGAUAGACAUUGGGUUUUUUAGUCUUGCAUUAUCUGGCACAAGUAGAGUGUUCGUGACUAUUUCUACUUAUAAGUAAUUCCGCUAAGACAAUCUGUGUUAAUUUUUGUUUUCUUAUGACGUAAUUCAUAUUUGAAUUUUUUUUUACCUUCAGCACUUCUAACUUGCCCAAAUUUCACACUUUCCACCACAUUUGAUCGUGGGGUCGUUGAAUUUCGAAGUCGGGUCUGGACAAUUAAUACAAAUUUUUUUGCAAGACUUGAAUUUUCUUUCCCUUCUGUCAAUAAAGAUGUGUACUUGCACUUGAGUUAUUCAUUUCUUUGCACCAUCUUACUUUAUUUCAGAAAAACGAAUUAACUUAUACAACAAUGCUUUCAACGUCCUCAGUAGCAGUAACUCUGGCCAGCCUUUCAUCUCUGGGAAAAUGGACUAUUGAUAGUUAAUUUUAAAUUCCUAGUUUCUUAAUUCCAAAUGAAGUGACUGCUUCACAGAGUGACAGUCCCACAACAGAAGUGCGUAUUUGAAACUUGCUCCCCAUGAAGUGAGCAAAUCCACGUGGGAGCCCACUUGCAAAACAACCUUUAAAAAACACAAACAAAACCAGUUCUAAUGCAAUUGUAAACCUAACAAGACAUCAAACCCAUGUCUGCCUGGAGUUGAAAUGAUAAUGGAAAAGCGAAAAAAAAAAAAUUAAAAAUUCCAAAUACCCGAAGAGUCUGUGAGGAACUUGAUUUUGUUCUUUGAAAGCAAUAGGUGCUAGAGCAGAGCAGAUGCACUCUAUCUUCUUCCACCUGAUUCAACUUUUUAAUUAAAAAAAAAAUACUGCCACUGCUUGAAAAAACUUCCAGUUAUUAUUAGUGUGCCAGUAUGUGUGUGUGUGCAUUUAUUUACGUUAAUAGUAUUAUCCUUAGUAUUCGAAUUUGCUUAGCUGAGUUAAAACCAUUCAUAUGCCGGUAUAUUUGUUCUAUUUUUUUGUUUUGCCUUUUAAUUUUUUUGUGUGUGCCAAAGCAAUGCAUCCAAUACUCUUUGAGUUAAUUACCAAUCUCUUUUUUCCAUUUGUUUUUUGUUUUUGUUUUGUUUUUUGGCUUUGUAAUUUUUACUCUUUGUGUUGCUGAAACACGCUUUUUGCAUCAGGAUAGUUUGGGGUUCUGUAGAGGAACUUUUGAAAAGGAAGUGGAAAAUCGAUCAUUAUGUUUGCCAAUUUUCAACACGUCUAUUUUCUAUGAUUUGGCUGCAAUAUUGUUUGCCCUGUCAGUGCCGCUUUUAGAUUCUUUUGAACUGCCGCAUUUUUUGGUGUUAGAUUGAAAUCUAACCCUUUCCAAUGUUACCCCUUAAAGUCGGAUAGUGUCCUCGUAACUGCACUUUUCAUACCAUAGGUGGUCACAGUGCACCUUUUUCCAUCUCCAUUUUUUAGGAAGAAAGGGUGAUAAUCCUCUGCUGCGAUGUUCUCAUUGCCACUAGAUUAACACUUUUUCUUCAGUCCUCGAUUUUACCAGAGAUCCCAUGAUGCUAUGGUUGUAUGGCACAUUUGGUUUUCAGUUGCCGGGACUUAUUUUACCUUAUCUAAUACUUGAAUGGUCUCGUGGUAUUCUGGGCAUAUUGGUUAGACUUGUGUGGUGGUUUUGCCUGUAGUCCAUUUGUAUAACAUCAAACCAAGACAGAAAUAGGAAACAACGUUUUGUGUGCAUGUUCUGUGCAUGAUUCUGGUGUCAGACGUUCUAGAGAUGUCACAGUGGUCAUUCUGCGCUUAAUAGAAAGUUGGUUGAAUCGACUCACAAUUUUUUUAAUGUCCAGUCCAUUGGUGCCAGUUGGUUGAUGGUAACACGGUUUGUAGGGGACUUUUAACAUUUGUCUCGAUGUUGGGACAAAAGUGCAUCGCUUCUUAGAUCCUAUGCACUCUCUCACUGAGCAAUUUUCAUUAAGUGGCUUCUCAGAUUUUUGUGUUAAUCUUGUUGCUACCUCAUUAUUCGUAUUUGUAAAAUAAAAUAUUGGGAACAGCACUGCAUCACUACACACAUAUUUGUCAUUGUUGGUUGUAUUUUGUUUUCCUUUUUCAUUCUUUUUGUCUCAAAGUAGUACGCACUUCAGAUCAAUUUACCUGAUGCUGUACAUGACCAACUUUGUUUGUAAGGGAUUUUGAAUAUUUAUGCAUAUUAUGCAGAUGAGCAUAGUUCAUUUAAUAUUAGAGUUCAUUUAACCACACUGCUUCAAGAGCUAGAAAUUAUCCACACAUUUGAUUCAGUCAAUAAGAACCUCUACAAAAGAGGGAAAAAAUGCCUGCUGUUCUUUUUUAUAUAUUCUAAUUCUAAUCGGUGCAUGGCAGGUCCGUUAGUUGGUUCUCCAUGGUUUUUUUAAAAAGGGAAUUGGACGCUUUUGACAAAAAGACUUAGAUAAACUGAAAAGAUUGCUCAUGAACAUUUGUAUUGUGGAAAAAAAGUAUGGUUCUAGAUUUCUAGUUGACAAUAAUAAAUCCUCCAUAUAUAUGUAAGGAUGUUUUAAUGGUGGUCUGCGGUCGCCAUAGUAACUAAUCAAGAUAUAUUGAGAAAUAUUCAGAUUUAUGUAUAGAUGUACCUCAUGAUUUAGCCAGGAGUUUCUCUCAAGUAAUCACACAAAUGCGCAAAUAACUUGUUUUCUUUUAAUAUGAAAACAAAAAAAACACUCACAUAUAUAUACACAAAUGUACAGGUUAAGAUUGGUGCAUGCAACUCUGUCAGGUGAUGGGCCAGUAGAUCAGUUAUAAAUAAAUGUUAAGGGUUUAGGGUACCAUACCUAGCAGCAUGGUUUAGCACUUUACAUUCUGUAGUACUUUGUCUUCUGUUUGAAGUGCUAAUUCUUCCCGUUUUUCUGGUAACGGAGUGGUUUUUUUUUUAGAUGGAAUUUUUAAGUCGAGCAGAAUGUUUGAGUUAUGUGGAAUGUAAUAACGCUCGUGCACUGAAUAUUCGGACAUGUCUGGCUGUGUCAUGUCAUGUUGUGACAUCAUUGAUAGGAUGAGUUGAUCAGUUCGUGUUACACUACAAACCAAUGCACUGUCAUUUUGUCAUACUUGUCAUUUUUUUAUUCCACGUUUUUCUCUCUCCAUUCUUCGUGACCGCAACCCCUUGUGGGUGGGGAAAAAGUUGAUCAAAAGUUACAAAUAUUUUUUAGAAUCGAUGGUACCCUGUGUGUUUAAAGACUCAAUUGGUACGGUGCCACAACUUAGACCAUAUGCACGAUAGUCUUGAAAAAUUGGUACAUGUAUCUUAAUUAAAAGCCGUAGAGGUCAUGAUAUCACACUGUAUUUACUCGCAUUGCAUUGUGGGUGCCAAGUGAGGAUGUAUGUAAAGAUUGUUGGGUCAACCACUUCCCAUUUUUUCCCCCAGAAAAUUUUGGAAGCCUGAAAAAAAUGAACCCAAUCACUGUUGCAAAUAAAAAGACAAUCUUCAUCUGAUCUGCCAUAAUGCAGUGAUGGCAAGUAUCAGAUGUCAUUACAUCUCAUGUCAACUACAUGUACAUGUACACACAUUGAACUGCUUGAGCAAAAAACUCUAUCAUGAGAAUAGAAUAUUUGUACAUUGUAUUUUGACUAGAAUUAAGAGUGUCUUAGCAUUAAACUUGAAAAAAAAUGAAGACAAAGACGCUGCACGUAAGUUUUACCUUUGUGUCACAAACUCAGAACUGUCAGGAUAUUGUAAAACGUAUUGUAACAGACGUUAGUUCCUAGAAAGCUGCAAAGAAUCAUCAACUACCAUUGACAGCAAUACUACAGCUAUAAGAGUUGUAAUACUAAUUGGUGUGAGCUCUCAAUUUGGUAUUCGACUUGUUCAACAUAUUGUGUUGUUUAAAGUUUCUUGGAAGAUAUACAAGUGGAUGACAGCAAACACCAGUCUGGUGGCUAGGCCAUCGGUGGGCUAUUAAAAGAUACACAGAUUUUCCCCUUCUAUCAUUGGCAUUCGCUGGUCGUGUGUCCUGUACAUUCAGGACCCAAGAGAACUUGAAAGAGAAGUAACUAAGUCGAAUGGAUCCGUUUGCAAAAAAUGUUUGGAGGAAAACUACUCGGUCAUGGUAUGAUAAAUUGCCUUUUUUUUUUUACUGUAAUAAGUUUCCGUGCCAAGUGCAUUUGCCGAGUAUGCCCCAUUGAUGUUUGCUGCCACCCUCUGGCAAGAAUUAGCCAUGUCCAAAUCAACUGGCUGUGGCUGGUAGUAACAUGUCAAUCUAUAGGAAGAGACUGAUAGCCACAGGCUUCCCAUAUGUGGCUGCAUUUUGGGGCACAACCUUCCCAUCAGCCAUCUUGGUGUGGUUCCCAAGGGAUAUAGUGUUGGUCACCGUGAACUUGGUUGCAUUCUGAAAAAGCAUUGAUGCCGUGAAGUGUUACAAAAUUUUUCCGCCAGAAAUGCGUGGAACUUUUUCCAGUAUAUUUUUUAACCGGAUUAAUUUCUCCUACUAAAUACCAUAAUAUGUCUUUUAGGAAAUUCCCUGUGAAUGAAAAUGUAAUAAGCAUAUUAGUUUUUAUAUAUCUAUUAUAAGAGACUUAGCACGCAGUACUGUAUAUUAAAUGGAAAAAAAGAAAACAGAGUGGAAAAAAGGAAAAACUCUGGGGUACCUUUGUCCCAAGCUUGCAUGCAUUACCGCUUCAGUAUUCUUAGUAUUUCACUAGUUUCUGAAUCAUAUUAAUGUCACUGAAUUAAAAUGAGCCAAAAAGGGGAAGUUUGUCAAAACAAAUGUUUCAUGCAAAGUUGGUUUUGUUUUUUUGAUGUUUUGUGGGUUUAAAGUUUGAGCAUAUACCAGCCAGAUAUGAUAUAAUACUCCACAAUUUGUACGCAGUUUACAGUUUCUCAACUUUGUAUAUUCCAUUUGAAAUGGUUGACCAUGUUGAUUAUGUAUUUCAGACUUUUUUUUUUUCACUGGUGUGGUAGAAUAUUUCGAUGAGUGAAGUUAGCCAACACCAUGAUGUUCGCAUUUAUGGGACACACACAGAUCUGAAUUAGUAUGUUCCUCUUUCGUUGAUAAGUGAACUGACCACAUUGUGUUGAUCGGGGUACCAUCAAGAUGUUCAUUUUCCUUGCACAUCCGGCUAACACACAUUGGCGGUUCCCAUAGUUCAGAACCAAGAUAUUUAAAUGUCAAAGAUGUCAAUGCUUGUUGUAUUGGAAUGAGCUGACCCACUAGAUUAGGAAUGAAGGAUACAGAAAUAUGGCAGAGUCUAUGUUUUUGAGUGGUUGUAACGGGCCAGUGUUAAAGUAUCCAGAGCAAUGUAUGUUGUACACACAAUAACCUCUGCAGUAUAGGACUGUUACGAAGCAUGUGGGAUUUUACUGUACAUGUACUUUGCAUUUUAGAGUAUGGAUUGUGCUAAAGAGCUGACCAAUCAGAGCCAUGUUUGUGUAACAUUAUAACCUUGUAUUUGCAUAUUUUGCAUAUAUUUAGCAGCCUGUAUUCAGGGUGGCAUUGCAUACUUUUGGCUUCUUUUUUUUCUUUCUUGUUUUUGCCAUUAGUUUCCUAACAAAGCAAUGAGAAAUUAGACGGAUACAUGUAACACCAUUAUAUAUUAAAUUCCUCAGUUUAGUUUUGGUUUUGUAAUUCCAUUUUCUCCCCAUGUUCAGUUCAGUAGGUCCUGUAUGAUUCUUUUCACUCAUGUAAUGGACCAAUUACUCUAGCAGUAAAAAAGGAUGAUUAUAAAUAAGUGCUACUUUUCACUUGUUGAAAAUCCUCUAGAAACAAAACAAACCUUCUAACAGGUUGUCACAGUAAACUUUGGGCAAUGAUUUGGUCAGGUAAAGAGUGGGGUACACCACUGUGGCUCAGUUUGGCGAAGGGACUCUCUUUUUUGUCGCAUACUCAACAUAUCAACCAAAAAGGCAAAGACACCUGCUACUGCAUCAUCAUAACCAGAAACAGUGAUUUGAAAGAGGUUAAAUUUUCCAAGGGAAAAAUAGUUCGAACUCAGCAGUCAGACCACUGCUUUGGACUUUCCUACCUUCCCUGAUAUCAAAUUCUUUUUAUUUUGGGGAGAAAAGGUCAAGUCAAGGUGGGCUGUGAAAGCCAGCGGCAGCUGGCCCGACCUCGUUUGGACCAUAUAUGAAAAUUGUUUUUUCCCAAAACCAAUGAGAUAUGGGUUUUCUCAGAUAAGUUUGCUAGAUUGCACAUACCAAAUCAUUGACGAUUAGUAUUUUAUUAGGCCAGAACAAAUUCCAAGGAGAUUGUCUUGAGUUUUAACAUUAACGCAAUUAACAAAGGACAGAAAAUAGCAUUUAUAUAUUGGGUAUAUCAAGCUCUGGUAGCUUUUAGUGAUUUUUUUCUGUCAACUUUAUUCAAUGUGUGAGUGGGGUGGUAUUGUUGUUUGACUGAUUAAUUAUAUAAUAAUGCACCAUUAUUACGAUAGUGUGUAGUCUGAGCGAAGAGCGCCCUCUCUUGUUUGGAGAGUGACCAGGGGGAGAACGGUUUCUGAGGGCGGUUUUGCAAUACACCACAGCUGCAUUGUGUUAUACUGAAGACAAUAAAUGCGCGAGUGUAAACAUUA